AUGUCUGCCAUACAUUCGGGGAAAUCGGCUCACGCUCCAACAUCGCGUGGGUCUAGUUCCCCAAGAAAUAAGCGAAUUGAGAACGACACUCAGGGCCAUGGCGCGGCAGCAUCUACCCAAUCGCCAAAAUGGUGGCAUGUAUAUUUGUUUCGCGGUAUGAUCAAUGACGUUAAACGCAGAGCUCCGUAUUAUUUGAGCGACUGGACUGAUGCCUGGGACUAUCGCAUCGUGCCUGCAACCGUCUAUAUGUAUUUUGCCAAUAUCUUGCCUGCUCUCGCUUUCUCGCUGGAUAUGUUUGAAAAAACGAAUCAAAGCUACGGAGUCAAUGAAGUUUUGCUCGCUUCUGUACUUGGUGCUAUCGUUUUCUCGCUCUUCGCAGCGCAACCUUUGGUCAUUGUUGGUGUCACUGGUCCCAUCACUGUCUUUAAUUACACUGUCUAUGAUAUUGUGACGCCCCGUGGAACGCCAUAUCUUGCCUUCAUGUGCUGGAUUGGAAUAUGGUCUCUAAUAAUGCACUGGAUUCUUGCCUUCACAAAUGCCUGCAACGGGCUAACUUAUGUUACUCGUUUCUCUUGCGAUAUCUUCGGAUUUUACGUUGCAUUUAUCUACCUUCAAAAAGGUAUCCAAGUUUUGACUCGACAAUGGGAUGCCGUCGGCGAAACAUCGGCUUAUUUGAGCAUCAUGGUGGCACUCCUCGUUCUAAUGAGUGGUUGGGUUUGUGGAGAGCUGGGAAAUAGCAAGCUCUUCCUCAGAUUCAUUCGCAAGUUCUUGGAAGACUAUGGCACCCCUUUGACUGUUGUGUUCUUCACUGGCUUCAUUCACAUUGGCCAUAUGAAAAGUGUAGAGGUCGCAACUUUGCCCACUAGUAAGGCUUUCUUCCCUACUCUCGACCGACCUUGGCUAGUGCAUUUUUGGGAUAUCGAUGUGGGCGAUAUCUUCUUGGCUAUCCCUUUUGCUGUUCUACUGACAAUUCUUUUCUACUUCGAUCAUAAUGUAUCGUCCUUGAUAGCACAAGGUACGGAGUUUCCUCUUCGUAAACCUGCAGGCUUUCACUGGGAUCUUUGGCUUCUUGGUCUCACAACCUUUGUCGGCGGUCUCCUUGGUGUCCCAUUUCCCAACGGACUCAUCCCACAAGCACCUUUCCACACUGCCGCUCUCUGCGUCACGCGCCAAGUGGCAGAUGAAGAAGACGCCAACAAGGGCAAGGCCAUUCGAGUCACAGACCACGUUGUAGAGCAGCGCGUCAGCAAUCUCGCUCAAGGGCUUUUGACUCUCGGUACAAUGAGCGGACCACUGCUCAUAGUCAUUCAUCUUAUCCCACAAGGCGUCCUGGCAGGCCUAUUUUUUAUCAUGGGUGUACAGGCCCUAGAAGGUAACGGAAUAACGCAGAAAUUGAUAUUUCUCGCCCAGGAUAAAGAUUUUACUCCUUUGUCUAACCCUCUCAAGCGGAUAAAGCGCCGUGUGGCGAUCUGGGCCUUCGUGCUCUUGGAACUUGUUGGAUUUGGUGCGACGUUUGCUAUCACGCAGACCAUUGCCGCUAUUGGUUUCCCGGUAAUUAUUCUUCUUUUGGUUCCUGUUCGGUCAUUCCUUCUACCGCGGUGGUUUACUCGGGAGGAACUGGGUGCGUUGGAUGCACCCACUGCCAGUCCUUUCACUAUGGAAAGCGUUGGCGGGACUCAUGAGCUGGUAGAGGAGGAUGUGAAUGUAGCUUUAAGUGAUUCCCGUGCAAGUGGGGAUAAGGGUGUUUUAAGGGCUCGUAAUGUAUCUUCUUCAGGGCCUAUCAUUGAAGGCAAUGACCUGGAAAGAGGUGAAGCGUAUGAGCUUCAACCUCGGUCUUUGGCCAGGAGAAGAAGUGCAGCUAGCCAUGUUGAUUAG